GUAGGAACCAACCGAUUUCGAGUUGGUCAGGACAAUGCGAGGGCGUUAUUAUUCACUGUGAAGUAAAGGGAACUAUGGCUAUCACCAAGGAACAACACGAUGAACUCGCCGUGUCUUACGCGGCGUUGGUCCUCUUCGAUGGAGAUGCCGAAAUCACGUCGGAAGCCCUCUCCAACGUGAUCACCGCCUCUGGCAACGAAGUGGAGCCUUACUGGCCCACUUUGUUCGCUGGCUUGCUGUCCAAGGAAGGCAAGUUGCUCGAAUUGAUCACCUCGGGCGGUGGUAUCGGCGGUGCCGCCGCUGCCCCUGCUGCCGGUGCUGCUGCCGGUGGCGCUGCUGCCAAGGAAGAGAAGAAGGAAGAGAAGAAGGAAGAAGAAGACGCUGACUUGGGCGGUGGCAUGGACAUGUUCGGCGGCAGCUCCGACUAUUAAGCGACGAAAUCCCACAUCGAAUUUAGUAUCUUCCGUGUGACCGACGAUUCUAUGGCCGACUGCUGCAGCUGCUUAAUAUAGGACUCUUCCCUUCACAACUCCA